AUGUUGACCUCAAAGGCCCUCACCGCCGCGGUCCUGACCGUCCUCACUGGCCAGGCCGUCGCCGCCAACUCCCACCGUCACCUUCACCGUGCUGAGAUUGCCAAGCGCGCCAUGCACACCGACUGGGUCACCGUCCACCAGACUGUGUACGUCACUGCCGGCCACGUGCCUCAGCCCACUGCCGUGGCCGAGGCCGACGCUCCUCAGCAGGUCCCCCAGGAGGCCGUCUCUCAAGCACCCCAGGCUGAGGACAAAGCUGUCGCUGAGAACCCUGUGGUUCCUGAGGCUCCUGUUGUCUCUCAGGCCCCUGCCGUCGCUCCUGUCGUGGCCCCUGCUCCCACUACCACCCUGGCCACCUUGGUGAAGCCUGCACCCAUCGUUGAGAUCAGCGCUUCCAUCGAUCUCCCUAGCGUACCCGAGCCCUCCAAGGAGCCCGAGACGCCUUCGGGUGGCUCUGGCUCUGGAUCUGGUGUGUCCGGCAAGCGUGGCAUCGCCUACAACGAUCCCAAUAUGGCCAACACCUUUGCUCAGUCAUGCGAGUCCUGCAGCUGGGCCUACAGCUGGGGCUCGACCGCCGGGAGUUUGGAUAAGAACAUCCAGUACAUUCCUAUGCUCUGGGGCGACUCUUCCCCGCACACCGAUCACUGGGACCAGAACUGCCGCAGUGCCCUCGACGCUGGGUCGCCCGCCAUUCUGUCCUUCAACGAGCCCGACCACGCUGAACAGGCUAACAUUAGCCCGGCCCAGGCCGCCGCCUCUCACGCCAAGUUGAUCAACCCCUACGCUGGCCAGGCUCUGAUCGGUUCUCCCGGCGUCACCAACUCUGGUGACCCUGGUCAAGGUCUUGAGUGGCUCCAGAGCUUCAUGGACGCUUGCAAGGCUCAGGAUGGCGGCUGCGCCAUCGACUUUUGUGCCAUCCACUGGUACUCCGAGGCCCAGUACGCAGACACUCUCUUCGAACACAUUGAGAAGGCCCACGAGAUCUGCGACAACAAGCCCAUCUGGCUCACCGAGUUUGCCCCGUUGGGCUCUGACGCCGACAAAGAAGAUUUCAUGAAGACCGUCAUCCCCAAGCUGGACGCCAUUGAGUACCUCGACGCCUACUCCUACUUUAUGGUCUCUGAGGGCAACCUCAUGUCUACCGCCAGCUCCCUCAGCAGCGUUGGCUCUCUCUACGCUAGCGUCGCCUAA